AUGGCAGCAAUGGUUAUGCGAGUAUUCACGGCGUUCGGCCCUCCGAAAGUCGAAAAGAAGAACGACGCUAUCCGUUUUGGCGUCCUGGGGGCGGCCCAGAUUGCACCUCUCGCCUUGAUUACACCCGCCCUCUCACAUCCCGAGGUUAUUGUGCAAGCGAUCGCCGCUAGGGACCAUGCUCGUGCCUCAGAAUUCGCCAAAAAGCACAACAUCCCCGAUGUUCGCACAUCCUAUGACGAAAUCCUCGAAGACCCCAAGAUCGAUGCAGUCUUGAUCCCUUUGCCCAACAGUUUGCAUUUCGAGUGGGCAGUGCGCGCCAUUCGCGCCGGCAAGCAUGUCCUUCUAGAGAAGCCUUCGACCUCCAACGCCACCGAGGCCGAGAUUCUCUUCAACCUACCUGAACUGUCACUGCCAAAUGCCCCCGUACUGCUCGAGGCCUUCCACAACCGGUUCCAUCCUGCAGUGCACAAGUUCCGCUCCUUCAUCACCCCGGCUGAUGUCGUCCACGUCCACACAGAUUCCAUGAUCCCAUGGAUGUUGCUCGACAAGGACAACAUUGGGUUCAACUACAAACUCGCCGGCGGCAGCAUGAUGAUGCUGGGCACAUACAACUUCGGCGUCAUCCGCAUGGUCUUCGACGACGACCCUGUAGAGUGUCUAACCUGCGAACCUGGCAUCUUCGGCGACGGCAUCCACGACCAGUGCGACACCGACUUUAAAGCCAAAUUCCGGUUCCCGAACGGCGGUAUUGCCGAAGCUUCCACCACCAUGCGCGGGCCUAUCUGGUGGAAACCGUCCGAGGCCCGCGUCACGCACAAGGAAGUCGUCGUCGAUGAUAAGUCCCUCCCAGCAACACAGGAGAAGCUGCGCACCCGGGUAGUGACGCUGCACGGUUUUAUCCACGCUUUUAUCUGGCACCGUAUCGAUGUCAAGGAUACUUUCAUUAUCCGUAACAAAGGUGAUCGCACACCGCUCAAGACUUGGACCGAGUCCAAAUCGCACAAGGCUUACAGUUACAAGGAGGCCGGGGGUGAGUUUGCGAACCUCCCCGGUGAGGACUGGUGGAUGUCAUAUCGGUACCAGCUUGAAGAGUUUGUCAAUUGUGUUAAGGGGCGUCCCACGCACUAUUGGGUUGAGGGUCAGGAUUCAUGGGAUCAGAUGAAAAUGAUUGACAUGGCGUAUGAGAAGAGCGGGCUGGGAUUGCGGCCAACAAGUGAGUUCCGGUGA